GGGGCGGUAUGACCCGUGUUUGAUUCCCCGGGGCACCGAGUAGUGCAUGCAGCUCUCUCCCCCGCAGAAUGGCCACCGCGACGCUCCAGUCGUUCAACGUCUUCCUGACGGAGAGGUUAACCGCUGCCGCGUUAGACAUCUACGGCUUCGUAGAGAGGGCAAUCCUAGAACACCAGGAGGAAGUGUACCGCACGAAAGUGGAGAACCAGCGGCUGCAGCGGCUGCUGGAUUUGGUCUACAAGCCGGAGAUAAGACUGCACCGGGCAGAUUCAAGACAAAUCGAUUUGCCCACACCCACUCAAGAUGUUUGUGCUCAGGAGCAGCAGAUACAGAAGGAAUGUAUUUCCAGUGAGGCCAAGGAGGAGCCGGUCGUCCUGCCCUUGAAAGUGGAGCCGACUGAGUCCUGGAGCAGGUCUGUGGAGACACCUGCACAUCCAGCAUACAGCAGCGUUACAGACACACUGACUCAAGUAGUCUCAGUUGGAGAGUAUGAGGCCAAUCAAAGGCCAAACAUCCUAUCUCAAGUUGGGAUGGUGGGAGAGCACGGCGAAUACGGAGCGCCGUGCCGCCUGACUCAAGUCCACACGGUCAGAGAACACACAGAGUACGAGAUACCUUCACAACACGACCAACCGUUUCAAUCCUUUGGAUUACCAACACCCACCAGCAAAUGGUUCACCUGCUUUUUUUGUGGCAGAAAAACAGACCACAGAAGUCAAAUGAUCACUCACAUGAGGAAGCACACCAACGAGAAACCGUUUGCCUGUUCGAUUUGUGGCAACAGUUAUAAACUGAAAUGUCACUUGACGGAGCACAUGCGGACUCACACUGGGGAGAGGCCAUUCAGCUGCUACAUCUGUGGGGAACGCUUCAUCCGAUCCUCCAACAUGAGUAAACAUGCAAGGGUCAUGCACAGGGAGAACAUACCGUUCAAGUGCAUGCAGUGCAGCCAGCGAUUCCCUCAGCUCGUCAUGCUCAAACAUCACAUGAAGGCGUUCCACAACGUCACCAACUCUGUGUGAAGCGCUGCUGGUGGGACGAGUUCAAACAUCCUCCGCACAAUUCUCAUUCUCAGUUUCUCUGUAGCUUAAUCUUUUUUGUUUGUGGGAUCGCAUCCUAAACAUCCAUUAUGCUCAGAAUUCAGAUGCUCCUGACUAGGGUUAGUCCUUUGUUCACUUAAAGGGGUAGUAAGCGAUUUUGGAGAAAGCUCGUCUCUCUCUGUGUUGUUGUUGAUGAUUUUACUGCACUGGCUGAGGCUUGAACCCGCAGCUUCAGGUAACGGAGACCGUCAUGUUGGUCUGCACCAUUUUUUGUGUUCGCUUUUCGAUUUACUGAGCCAGGGCUGAGCCGAAAACCCAGAUUCCUUUUCGGCGCACACACAGAACGGACAUCUAGCGGGCCGUGAGGAAAUCCGCUGAAUUUUACAAAAUUCUGUAUUGUAUUAAAAUUGCUUACUGCCCCCUUUAAUGAACAAAACAAAUAGUUAAACAGCUGUUGACAAAUGCAAAUUAAAUGCAAGAGCUGUCGUCAUUGUAUAAAAUUUGUUGUUUUUACACUUUUAUUUACGAUGUUGACAGUGUUGCAAUUAGUCAAUGUACAUCUAUGUUUUUAUUGGAGCUCAUUGCCUGUAAUGUACUGUUUUGAAAAGGGCAAUACUAAUAAAGGUACAGCACACCUAAUUACUGAUGCAGUUUCAUUUGUUUGUGAGCAGGACACGAUUUCUAAAGAAAGUGAAUUCAUAACCAAUGUGUGAUAUGCUCAAAUUUUCAUCUCAGCUAAAGAAAACUCAAUAAUUCUUAGUUGUAGUUGAUUUCAGACUAACACUAAAUACAGUACAAUGAUUAUUGUAUUCCAUUUUUGCAGAUAUAAAUCCUCCUAAAUCCUACACACUGGACCUUUUAAAAGAAAAAAAAUAAACCUACCAACAUUUCUAGAGGUCAGUUAUUAACAUUUUGUAACUUGCUCCUUUUAUUUGUUCAAUAAUAAAAAUGUUAAAAUCCCCAAAUGUAUGGUUUUACAUGGAGCUGCGGGGUGUAAACUGUUUAGCCUUGGCCUGUGACGUCUUGUCUUCCUGUCUUGUUGAAGUAUAAUAAUGUUGUAUUUCAAGGUUUAUUAUAGAUAAUAGUAUAACAGGUAAAUGAGUUUGCUUUAGUGCUGGUAAUAUGAUCCAGGCUUGCUGUUUCCCUAACUUUCUAAGUUUCUGCUUAAAAAAAGUAAUAUUUUGAGCCUGUUGUAAACACAGGAGCGCCAAUAUGAAAUAUAGAAAUUUGCAGGAAAAUGUUAGUCAGUCAAGUUUUCAUACGGAGGGGCUAAUUUUCGCGUUGAGACACUCAACACGGCAUCAGCUGGUAUCCAAUCAACAUCUCUCAAUGCCCCCGCAAUCAAAGCAGUCUGUUCAUGAGAAAUUCAAAUUCAUUCCUGAUCACACUUUUUUAAAAACAUCACUUCGAUACAGUGAGUCCAGUUCAUCUGCUGCUGUCUACACAAUUUCCUCUUUUUCCAUCAACGUUCACACAUCAGUUUUCCUUUUAAAACUAGCUCCGCCUGGACAAGCGUUUUAAAAGGUUAAAUGGACUUUAUUUCCAGCUAAUAUGCUAAUGGCGAGUUGCUUCCAUAAGGAGCAAAGUGCUACAUCAAAAGCCUUCCACGAAUAAUGGUGGGAGGGGCAUACCCCCAACCCCCACACUCUCCUGCUUUCACAAACGGUCUCGUCCAACCGAGUGGAGAAGACACAAAAUAAUUAGCACAAUGUCAAAUAAGUCAUCGGCUUGGUCCCAAAGAUUUGACAAAAGAGUUGAGUGUAAACAAACAUGUAUUACUGGUCAAAAACCAACAUGUCACAUCUUCUACAAGCAGCAGCUAACUUGUCUGCGUGAGGAUGUUUCAUGAACGUUGUGUGUUUAACGCUUGCCGGCUUUGAGCGUGAACAUAGUGAAAUUGCCGAAUUUCAAUAUGUUUGCCCAAAUAAUGAUUUAAUAUGCUGCAAAUACUUGAUGUUUUAUGUUUAUUUAUGCAUGCAUUUCUUCCCCACGACUAAUUUAUUGAUUGAAGAGUAGGUACGGUUUCAGUCGUACCACGGUGUGAGGCAUUGGAACAGAUGCAAAUGUGACCCACGCAGCUUGGGUGUGAAGAUGCAUUCACAUGACUUGAAGAUUAGGUUGUGUAUGAUACUAGCUAACAAAAGGUAAUAACUUUACGAUAUCUAGCUUGGCUGUUCAGGUGAAAUAAACCCUGACUACAAAAACACGUGGUGAAAAUCAGCAUUCAAGUAAAAUGCAUUGGCAAGAUUUGUGCACUUUGAAUGUCAGAGGGUCAUUACAGGGCAACAUACCUCUAUGUAUCCAGGUACAGAUACACAUGUCCCUUAAACUCACUCCUUAAAAUGAAAAAACUCCUUGAUACUAGAGCUGCAAAAGUUAAUCGAUUAAUCGAUUACUAAAUGAAUCGCCAACUAUCCAGGUACAGAUACACAUGUCCCUUAAACUCACUCCUUUAAAUGAAAAAACUCUUUGAUACUAGAGCUGCAACAGUUAAUCGAUUGAUCGAUUACUAAAUGAUCGCCAACUAUUUUGAUAAUCAAUUAAUCGUUUCAAGUAGUUUUUAUGGGGGAAA